CAGCGCCGGGCCCCCCCCCUCCAUGCGGGGGCCGACUGGAAGGUGCUCCUCCACCUGCCGGAGGUGCAGACCUGGCUGAGGGCGGCGGCCGGUCGCGUGUCCCAGCUCACACACUCUGCUGGCCAGGACGCAGAACACCGCCACAUAGACACACACCUGCUGCAGCUCAAGGACAUCUGUGAGGACAUCUCGGACCAUGUGGAGCAGAUCCACGCUCUCCUAGAGACGGAGUUCUCUCUGAAGCUGCUGUCCUACUCAGUCAACAUCAUAGUAGACAUCAGGGCGGUCCAGCUCCUGUGGCACCAGCUGCGGGUCUCAGUGCUGGUCCUGAAGGAGCGUCUCCUCCAGGGGCUCCAGGACUCCAACGGCAACUUCACCAGACAGACGGACAUCCUGCAGGCCUUCAGCCAGGACCAGGACCAGGACCAGACCCGGGUGGACGACCUGACGGAGGUGGACGACUGCGGCCGUCUGACCAUCCGCUGCAGCCGCGACUACUUCUCCCUGGACUGCGGCAUCACCGCCUUUGAGCUCAGCGACUACAGCCCCGGGGACGGCCCCCACCACCUCCUGGACCCCCAACACCUCCAGGACCCCCACCACCUCCUGGACCCCCAACACCUCCAGGACCCCGAGACCCAGGACCCCUACUACCUCCAGGACCCCAGCCCGGGAGCGGACCCCGAGACCCAGACCCGCAUCCAGCCGGGAACACCGUCCGGCCCCCCAGAGCCCACACCCGCCCACACAUCAGCCCCCGCCCCCAGUGCUCCCAGCAGGCAUUGCGGCAUGUUCCACCAGAGUGAACCGUCGGCGUCCAAGCGUCCACUGCUGGGAGGAGGAGGAGGAGGAGGAGGAGGAGGAGGAGGAGGAGGAGGAGGAGGGGCAGCGUCUCCCACCCAGCCAUCGCUGGCAAAGAGAGCUGCCCUGGUCCCAGGCCCCAGCCCUGGGGGGCCGGAGGGGCCGGGCAGCCCCCCUGCCAGCCUCCUCUCCCAGGGGGAGGAGGGCCUGAGGCGGCUCCCUCUGCUGGAGCCCGACCACAGCGCCACCUUCUGGCUGGAGCUGGACUCAGGCUACCCAGAGACCCCCGCCCACCUGCAGACCCCCGGAGGAGGUGAAGGGAGCCGGACCCCCGAGAGGCCCUCCUCUCUGGCUGGAGCCACCGGCGAGACCCCCCGCCCCGCCCGGGACCCGCCGUCAUCUCAGGGCCCAUCGGCUCCCCCGGCUCCCCCGUCCGACUCCCCCGUGCCUCCCUCCGGCAGGGGGGCCCUCUCCUCCUGCUCCGACAUGGAGGCCUCUGGGGAGGAGUCGGACCCCCGAGCGCCUUGUGCCCGGCGGACCGCCCGGCGCCCCGGCCCACAGGGGAAGGAUCACUGGUUUGGUUCGGAGGAGUUCCUGGCUCUCCCCGACCAGCUGAGACACACUGAGCUGCUGGCCAUCAACCUGGAGAGCCUGACCCAAGCCCUCCCCCUGAGGUCUAGCUGUGAUCUGGACCAGCGUGGCCUGCAGGACAUCGAUGACUGGGACCUGAGCGAGGUCUCCCCUGACUGCUACCUCCCCCUGGAGGACACGGCCUACCCCCAGUCGAGGCAUCACCACUUCAACAUCGGCCGCUUUAGCCCCUCCUCCUCCAGCGACGUCCCUCACUCAUUGGACGACAGCAUAGAGUCCGGCCCCCUGAGCGAGCUGCUCUCCGAGGAGGACGAGGGGCGGAGCUCUGGGUCGGUGGCGCCGGCGCCCCCGGUGGCCGGUCAGGGGACCACAGCCCUGGUCUCUCAGCUGCUGGAGGGCAUCCAGCACCACGACCCCCACAUCCUCAGGAAGAUAGAGGGCUUCGUGACGCGUCUGGACGUGUUCAUCGAGUGGCUGAAAGACGCGCUGCUCAGCACCGACAACUGGACCCCCCCCAGACAUGACCUGGACCACCUGAGAGACUACCUGGACACACACCUGGUGAGACCCACCCCCGUAUAG